CGGCUUCCGUACCCACGUUGACUAGCGUAACAGGCAAGCGUAAAAUAUUUCUUGUGUAUUUGUGCACAUUUUAAAAGAUAAUGAUCUAAUUUCAGAUGUUGCGGUUACAUUAUUGUUACUUUCUUCUUAUUUUCGAUACUUUGAAUAAGGAGGCAGCGCUAAUAUUAAUUUAGCAUGCUAACUGCGCUAUAUACACACAGGAACGUAUGCACUUUAAAUUCUUGAGAAAUACUGAAGAUCUGGGGAAAUAGAGAAGUGACAGCAGCACAGACUGCUCAGCUGUAAAGUUUAUCUCAAACAUGUUUCCAGAAUUGAACAGUAUUCUCAAUUCCACUCCAGACAGUUUUCUAUCGAGUGACUUUAUCCUAGUGUCAGACAGACGAGCUGAUGCAUCAUUCCUUAUUCAUCACUAUCUGUCUUUCUAUUUACGUGCUGGCUGUAAGGUGUGCUUCCUGGGUCUUGUGCAGUCCUUCAGUCACUACAGUGCUGUCGGUCAGAGGCUGGGAGUGAGUCUGGCCCAGGCAAGAGAGAAGGGUCAGCUUGUGUUUCUUGAAGGACUGAAGGAUUCUGUUGGAGUUUUAUUACAGGAGGACACCAGUCAAGAGACACAACCUUUGAGUUAUCUCAGGUCCCCGGGUGCUGGACUGGAAGGUCUGUUCAGAUUUGUGGAACGUUCUGUGUGUCAGAAUGGAGAUGGUGAUGCCGGUGAAUCAUGGGGUCCUCCGGUGUUACUCAUAGAUGAUCUCAGUGUGCUCUUGAGUUUAGGUGUUAGUGUUGGAGGAGUGCUAGACUUUACCCUCUACUGCCAAGCCACUGUGUGUUCUGAGUUGCAGGGAAAUAUGGUAAUUCUGGUGAGAUGUGAGGAGGAGGACACAGAUGAUGAUGAAGAAGGAUCAAACAUGCUUCAGAGGGGACUAGUUCAUCAGUCUAACUUGACUUUACAUGUAGAGGGCUUACCCACAGGCUACUGCAGGGACAUACACGGACAGAUGGAGGUUUGGUGGCGGCAAAAGGGAGAGACCAUUUGCAACCAACAAAAAAUAUUUCACUUUAAAGUCCACGAUAAAGGAGCAUCGUUUUUCGCACGAGGGACUUCUAGUGCUGUUCUUUAAGGAAUGUUUUCACAUUGAAUCUUACUGAAAUACUGUUUGUUUUAUCUAAAUACAUAUAUUUAAUACAUCA